CAAAACCCCCACCACAAAAUUAUGCGAAAGAUUGCAAACUCAAAUCUUCGAUCAUCGCCCAUUUGUCACCUGUCAAUCUCGGUGCACUACCAGUAUUUCGACCCCCAAUAAUUACUCACCUCUGUUGCCUCCUCUGAUUUAUUAUUCAGGCAGAGCGACGAGUCCCAUCGCAUCGCAUCGCAUCACCUUUCAAGGCAGAGUCCUCGCACUCUGUCUCGCUCUGCGGUGACCAUCCUUAUCGAUAUCCCUCUUAUCGAGACUUCCCCUCCACCACCCCACCACAACAAUUCAUAAAACAGCAAACCAAAAGAAUUGAGAAUUGCAGUUGCUCGACCAAUCAAUAUGGCUUCGAUCACUGCCAGCAGAGUUUCUGCUUCGGCUCAGCCAGACACGUCGUCGACCCAUCCGUACACUUGCAAUACUUGUCAAGUGGCGUUCCGGAACAGCGAGCUUCAGAGGGGGCACAUGCGCAGCGACUGGCAGUAAGGAGGUCCAAUUUGAUAGUGCGCGAAUUACUGACUGACUGCGAUACGUAACAGUCGAUACAAUUUGAAGCGUCGUGUCACGUCUCUUCCUCCCAUCUCCUCCGAAGUCUUUACCGAAAAGGUUCUCCAAGCGCAGGAAUCCACCACUGCUGCAGCCAGCAAAGCAGCCUAUGAGAAUACAUGCACAGUUUGCGUUCGAACAUAUUUCAGUGAGAAUGCAUUCAGAAACCACAUCGGAAGUGCAAAGCAUAGAGCCAAGUUGGCGCAAGCGGGAAGCAAGAAGGCAAACGACGAUGCAAGGUCAAUGCAGAGUUCAACGUUCUCCCUCGGUGAACCAAAUGUGUCCAAGGUACGCCUGGACUCGGACUCGGACGAAGAACUAAACGAGGUUGUCAAGGGAAUCAAAAAGACUGAGCUAGAUGAAAAACCGUCAGACAAUGAGAAUGGUGAAGGAUCCGUCGCAACUGCUUCCUCGGUAACUGCUGCAGAUGAUGAAAUUCCCCACGAAACUGCUAUGAAGCGCUGUCUUUUCUGCAAUUAUGAAUCUCCGUCACUAGAACUGAAUUUCAACCACAUGGAACGUAUUCACGGAAUGUUUGUGCCUGAGAAACCGUACUUGGUAGACCUCAAAGGUUUGUUUGGCUCGCUUCAUGAGAAGAUCUAUGAGUACCACGAAUGUUUGUAUUGUGGCAAAUUGAAGCCUUCGGUUUUCGGUCUCCAAACUCACAUGCGAGAUACCGGUCACUGCAAGAUCCCAUUCGGAACGGAAGAUGAGCAGCUGGAAAUUGGAGAGUUUUAUGAUUUUACAAGCACUUAUUCUGACGUUGAAGAUGAAUCUGACGAUGAGGCUGAGCUCCCAGGCAAAAAGAAGAGUGGUGGGGUCAAGCUUGGAGCCAAGAGACGUGUCAAGCAAACGGAUGGAGAAGGUGAUCAGGAAAUGGAGGACGGCGAUGGAUGGGAGACUGACAGUUCCGAAUCCUCACUCGACUCUGCGGAUCUCACAGCAGUUCCGUUAGACCAGCGUCAGCAUCAGUAUGAGAAACUCGACCAACAUCCACACCACUCUCAUUCUGAUCCUCGCCCCCAUCGCAACAAAGAUGGUUGGCACUCUCAUGCCCACAAGCAUGCCCAUGCCGUAUUUUAUUCGGAUUACGAGCUUCAUCUUCCAUCUGGGAGAACAGCCGGCCAUCGAUCAUUGAACAAAUACUACCGACAAAACCUACACAAUCACCCCUCGCCAGCCGAAAGAGCAGAACAGCUUGCUCUUGAGGAUGCAGCAAAUUCAAAUGAGGAAAUGGAUGGUCAAGUAGUACGUGGCGAUGGAGAGCGUGGUCGUGCUAUGAUUCCACGUUCAGAGGGUGGUUUGGGAAUGAUUGGUGUAAGCGACGAGAAGAGAAGGGAGGUGAAGAUUGCCGAGAAGAAAUCCCAGAAAGCUGAGCAACACGAACAACGGAAAUUCCAAUGGCGUGUCAACAAAGGGGGCAAUAUGCAAAAGCAUUUCAGAGUAAGUCGAAUCCAAAACGGCACUGCUUCCUAAAACUAACCAUUCCACUAGGAUCCAUUGCUGCAGUAA